AUGGAAUGUAUUGCCAAGGUUUUCAGCUACCUCUCCUAUAAAGAACCUUUGGGGAUCACCGUAGCUUUCUUUGCCAUAUUCUUAUCCUUAAGCACAGGGUUUGUCUUAGGAAUCUUCCUUAAAUACCAAGAAACUGCCAUGGUCAAAGCCAACAACCGUGACCUCACCUACAUGCUCCUUGUAUCCCUACUCCUUUCUUUCUUAUCCUCCUUUCUAUUCAUUGGUCAGCCACAGAUGGUGACCUGCCUUCUCCAACAAACUGCUUUCAGCACCAUCUUCUCAGUCGCUGUCUCUUCCUUGUUGGCAAAAACCAUCAUGGUAGUGGUGGCCUUUAUGGCCACAAAACCAGGAAGCAAGAUGAGGAAAUGGCUGGGGAAGACCUUGGCCAACUCCAUUGUCAUUUCUUGUUCUGGGGUUCAGGUGACCAUUUGUACGAUCUGGCUGGGAAUCUCUCCCCCUUUCCCAGAUGCUGAUACGCACUCCCAAUAUGGGCAGAUCACACUUCAGUGUAAUGAAGGCUCCAUGGUCAUGUUUUACACUGCCCUUGGCUACAUGGGUUUUCUGGCCACCAUCUGUUUCACUAUGGCUUUUUUUGCCAGGAAGCUGCCAGGGGCCUUCAAUGAAGCCAAGCUGAUCACCUUCAAGCUCUACGCCCUGAUUGCCCACUUCCUCCAGUCUGGUGGAACUGGUAAGAAAACUCAGGCCCGAUCUAAAUGGGCCUUUUAG